AUGUCCAAUCCAGCGGAUUUUUUGCUCCUGGUCACGUUUGUAGCACAGACAUUUAUGGGGGAUUGCAUCCUUACGGGGUCAUAUACGAUAGACGGUGGGUGGUUGUCACCUGCCCUAUCGCUUAUGUACAUGGUCGAGAUAGAUGUGACUAUUGCUGCAGUGUAUAUCGAAACCGCGAUCAGGCGCGGCUCCGUCGUCAUUAACCCAAAGAUGUUCCCCCUUAUCGCAACGUUCCAAGCCCUGACUCUAGCUACUAACAUCAUCGCCACAGCUCUGAUCCUUAUCCACAUCUGGACGAUUCGUAGAGCAGUGUUAGAGCUCAUUCCUUCAGUCAAGAAUCACCUGUUACCAAACGCGAUCUACGUAUUGGUUGAAUCCGCGUUUAUGUAUACCGCUUCUGUCAUCGUGAUGCUUAUCGUGUAUGUGCUCCGAAGUAACGCUACUUAUAUCGUCUCCCAAGCGAUCGUUCAAAUCAUUGGAAUUGCUUUCAAUCUGAUUAUCAUACGUCUUGUGAAUGGCACCGUGGCGAUGCCAAUCCAAGAGACGCUAAUAUCUUUCAGGGCUUCGCCCCCCGACACGGUGCAGGCGGAAGAACUAGAGCCGGCGGCGUCAUGGAAGAGAGAUGAUUUUGCAUCUUCGACAACACAGUACCAUUCUGAAGAUAAUUGCCGGGAGGUCUGA